GGUUUCGCCAAUAAUACAAUGCCCCAGCGUUCAAUUCCUUCCAAAUAUGCCAUGGCUACUGUGUUACAAGGCCAGGUGUCCACAGGGUGACUCACCAUAGUGUCUCUCCUCGCAAUAUUUUAAUACUCCAUUACUCGAAUUGGCAUCCCGAAGCUACUUCAUGGCCUUUCAGCCAUAGGAGAGUUGUAAUAAACAAUUACCAAAGCAUGCAGCCUUGGAUUGCGUAAAUCAACAAGUGUUGCAUAACGAUUGGAGCAGAAGCCAUUUUCCAGGGAACAUCAACCAGCCACUAGCUAUCUUUAAGUUUUCCGGCUGAGUCGAAGAUGGCGCUCUCUUCAAUCUUAUAAUCUCAAGUUUUCUACCGAAUCUUGAUGUUGGAAGAUUGACCCUGACGUUAACUUGUAAUUAAGGUCAAUGAAUUCCCGCUAAAUUCCCGGAAUAAUGAGGUAUAUAGAACACUUGGAAGAAAACUAUGGGGUGGAGGGAUCGAUGUUGUGAUAAAGAGGCACAAGUACUGGAUUUGUUUAAAAGAUUUCGGGUUAGUGAGAUUGCCAGGGUGUUGAAAAGGGACAGGAUGUGGUGAUUGUUCUAGUACUGAGGAGUAAUAUAUAAGCAAAUGAAAGGCUUGUUGAAGUUUGUGUGUAACGGUGUAGCUCACAUCAAAGAUAAAACAUAGUACUAAAAGUAGUCCAUAAGUGAGAAUGGUUGGGUUGAUGAUGGGUUGGGGAGUCGCUGCAGGACAAGGGCGGAGGAAGGGGCCUUGGACGCCUGAGGAGGAUAAGUUGCUUUCUGAAUAUGUUAGCUUGCAUGGAGAAGGAAGGUGGAGCUCUGUGGCUAGGUCUGCAGGACUAAAUAGGAGUGGCAAGAGUUGCAGGCUAAGGUGGGUGAAUUAUCUUAGGCCUGGUCUCAAGAAAGGGCAGAUGACACCUCAAGAGGAAGGCAUCAUCAUUGAACUCCAUGCCCUGUGGGGUAACAAAUGGUCCACUAUUGCUCGAUACUUGCCUGGAAGAACAGACAAUGAGAUCAAGAACUACUGGAGAACCCAUUUCAAGAAGAAAGCAAUCAGACCCUCCCGAAGGCAAGAAAGACGAAAAACUGAUCAAAUUCUUCGGCAGAAACAGCUGCAGCAACAAGAGAACGACACGGACAAGGUCUCACCCAAUUCAGUACUGGUGAACAACGAGGCAGAAGCCAAUUUCAUGUACCCCGCUUUGGAUGAGUUCGCAUCCAGCUGGUCAGACGCCGCCGUCGCCAUGGAAGAUGACUUAUGGAGUGACUUGUGGAACUGGAACGCUGAUGAUGCAUACGUGGACGCCACGGCCUCGGCGGCAGGAGACCGCAACAGCGUAGCAUUAACCCAAAGUCAAGCAACUGCUUAUUCCUGUGGAGACAAUGCAAAUACGUUCUACGCCGGAGGAUACAACAUUUUCUAACUAUUAGAUCAGAUGGCUAUCCAAGACGAAGCAUGGAGGACUCAUGAAGAGGCUUAGAUAUUUCUCAUUUUGAUGACAUUUGGCCUAUUGUAAUACUUCAUAUGGUUGUAGCAUAUAACAACAUAGUAUCGAUUAAGUUCGAUCCGGAGAACAAUAAAUUAACCUUUUCCAAAUUCGGUCAGCUUCAAUCUGUCUCUGCCUUAAUAAUUAUGUCUUCGGAGCUUCUGCGUUUUUCGCUCGUAAAAUGGGUUUGCCACCAGAGU